AUGACAACAAGCACAGCAAGUAACAACGGCAGUCAGCCCCGACAAGCUGAGAAGCCAACCGUCUCCAAGCCAGGCUCGGUAGCCGGCAGCUCCUCCAACACGGCCAACGCGGACGCCGUCAAGCCCAAGCAGCCCGACAACAGCAGCGACAGCAGCGACGCCGUCGCUGAUGAGUCCCACGAAGUUAUGCUCAAGCCCGUGGGGCUGUUCGCGCUGUUCCGCUUCGCAACGCCGUUUGAGCGCUUGCUCAACUUCAUCGGGCUGGUGAUCGCCGCCGCGGCCGGCGCGACCCUCCCAGUCAUGACCAUCAUCUUUGGCAAGCUCACGACGGCCUUUACCAACUUUGCCAUCAUCUCGUCGCAGAUCCACGCCGAGGGCUCCAACGCCGACGUCGAGGCGGCGCUCGAAGCCGCCAGGCACCACCUGAAGAAGGAGGCAGGCAACAGCGCCAUCUACCUCAUGGUCAUCGGCAUCGGCAUGUUCGCGACGACGUACGCGUACAUGCUGAUUUGGAACUACACCUCCGAGGCACAGGGCAAGCGUAUCCGCGAGCGCUACCUCCGCGCCGUGCUGCGCCAGGACAUUGCCUGGUUUGACCAGAUGGGCGCUGGCGAGGUGGCGACCCGCAUCCAGACCGACUGCCACUUGGUGCAGGCGUCCAUCAGCGAGAAGAUUGCAAUCACCAUCCAGCACGUCUCGACGUUUAUCGCGGGCUUUGUCGUCGCGUACGCGCGCCAGCCGCGCCUCGCCGGUGUGCUCACCACCAUCCUCCCCGUCAUCAUUGUCGCAGGCGGCGCCAUGGGAUACUUUGAAUCAAAGUACCAGACUGUCGCGCUCCACUGCGUGUCCAAGGCUGGCACGAUCGCCGAGGAGGUCAUCUCGAGCAUUCGCACAGUACAGGCGUUCGCGACGGGCAAGCUCCUCGGGGAACAGUUCAACAAGAAGAUCGAGGGCAGCCGCAAGGCCGGCGUGACCGGCGCGUCGCGCGAAGCCGCUUCCCUCUGCGUCAUGUUCUUCGCCGUCUACGCAGCCUACGCCCUCGCGUUCGUCUACGGCGGCCGCAUGGUCGAGUCGGGCAAGACGGACAGCGGCGCCAUCCUCAACGUCUUCUUCGCCAUCCUCAUCGGCUCCUUCUCCAUCGUCAUGAUCGCGCCCGAGAUGCAGUCCAUCUCCAAGGGCCGUGCGGCUGCCGCCAAGCUGUUCGAGACAAUCGACCGUAUCCCGGAAAUCGACUCGGCCAACGACGGCGGCGAGCGCCCCGCGAGCAUCGAGGGCACGCUCACCUUCGACGACGUCAAGUUCCACUACCCCUCGCGCCCGGACGUCCCGGUGCUCAAGGGCCUCUCGACCGUCUUCGAGGCCGGCAAAACCUGCGCGCUCGUCGGCGCGUCGGGCAGCGGCAAGUCGACAGUCAUCCAGCUGCUCGAGCGCUUCUACGACCCCAUCGCCGGGCGUAUCCUCCUCGACGGCCGCGACAUCCGCACCCUCAACCUCAAGUGGCUGCGCCAGCAGAUCGGCCUCGUGUCCCAGGAGCCGACGCUGUUCGCGACCACUGUCCGCGGCAACGUCGAGCACGGCCUCAUCGGGUCCAAGUGGGAGCAUGCGAGCGACGCCGAGCGCUUCGAGCUGGUCAAGAAGGCGUGCGUCGCCGCCAAUGCCGACGGGUUCAUCUCCAAGCUGCCAAAGGGGUACGACACGAACGUUGGCGAGCGCGGCAUGCUGCUCUCCGGAGGGCAGAAGCAGCGCGUGGCUAUUGCCCGCGCGAUCGUCUCCAACCCGGUUAUUCUCCUGCUUGACGAGGCCACCUCCGCGCUCGACGGUCAAAGCGAGCGCGUGGUACAGGAUGCGCUUGACCGCGCGUCGGUCGGCCGCACGACCAUCGUCAUUGCCCACCGCCUCGCGACGGUCAAGAACGCCGACAAGAUCCUCGUCAUGGGCGGCGGCGAGAUCAUCGAGCAGGGCACGCACAACAGCCUGCUCGAGGACGAGCACGGCGCGUACUUCAAGCUCGUGACCAACCAGAAGCUGCAGCAGGAAGCCGCCGACCACAUGGCACAGACGUACGACGAGGACGGCGAUUCGAUCGACGAGGUCGACAAGAUCCAGCCCGUGCCCGGCUCACCUGUCUCUGAGAAGGUCUCGCUCCACCGCCAUGUCACCGGCCGCUCGAUCGCGUCCCAGAUCCUCGAACAGCGCCGCGCCGAGCGCGACGCCUUCUCGUCCCCGUACGACCGCAAGGGCUUCUUCGCGCUCUUCGGUCGGCUGCUCAAGCUCAAUGGCCCCCACUGGCGGUGGUACGUCGGCGGCGUCGCUGGCUCCGUGGCCAGCGGCAUGGUGUUCCCCGGUAUGGCGAUCCUGUUCGGCAAGACCAUGGCCAACUUUGAGCUGCCGCGCGACGAGAUCCGCCCUGUGCUCGACCGCAAGGCGCUGUGGUUCUUCAUCAUUGCCAUCCUUGCCGCCAUCGCCAUGUUCUUCAACUACUGGUGCUUCUCCACCACUGGAUGGGAACUCGCGACGACGCUGCGCAAGCGGCUCUUCGCCGCGGUCGUGCGCCACGACAUUGAGUGGUUUGACGAGGAGCAGAACGCCACGGGCACCGUCACGUCCAACAUUGCCGACCAGCCACAAAAGGUCCAAGGCCUGUUCGGCGUCACUCUCGGGUCCAUCCUGCAGGCGUUCGUCACACUCGUCGGCGGCGCAAUCGUCGGUCUCGCAUACGCACCGCUCCUGUCUCUGAUUGGUAUCGCCUGUGUCCCCCUCAUCGUGGGGAGCGGGUACAUCCGCCUGCGCGUCGUCGUGCUCAAGGACGAGCAGACCAAGAAGUGGCACGCGAGCAGCUCGCAGAUGGCGUCCGAGGCCGCAGCCUCGGUCCGCACCGUCGCGUCGCUCACGCGCGAGGACGACGUGGAGAAGAUCUACGGCGAGGCGCUGCAGGAGCCGAUGCGUAUCUCGAACCGAACCGCGUUCCGCUCGCAGGCGCUCUACGCAGCCUCGCAGGGCAUCGUGUUCCUGGUCAUCGCGCUCGUUUUCUACAUUGGCGCGCUGUGGAUCGCGAGCGGCCGCCUCACCACCGCGACGUUCUUCACGUCCCUCAUGGGCGUCAUCUUCGCCGCCAUGGAGGCGGGCGACAUCUUCCAGUACGUCCCCGAUGCGUCCAAGGCCGGCUCGUCGGCCCGCUCCAUCUUCCGCGUCAUCGACAACGUGCCCACCGUCGACGCCGACUCGACCGACGGCAUCGUCCUCAACCCCGCCGAGGUGCGCGGACACCUCACCCUCAACAAUGUUCACUUCCGAUACCCCUCCCGCCCCGACGUGCGCGUACUGCGCAACUGCUCGAUCGACAUCCCGGCAGGCAAGUACGUCGCGCUCGUCGGCCCGUCAGGCUGUGGCAAGUCGACGUCCAUCCAGCUCAUCGAGCGCUUCUACGACCCGCUCGCCGGCAGCGUCACCCUCGACGGCGUCGAUAUCCGCACGCUCAACGUCGCGAGCUACCGCUCCCAGAUCGCGCUCGUGUCCCAGGAACCAACCCUCUACUCUGGCAGCGUGCACUUCAACAUUCUCCUCGGCCACCCGCAGCCCGACACCGUGUCAGACGAGCAGCUCAAGCAGGCGUGCCUCGACGCCAACAUUCUCGAGUUUAUCGAGUCGUUGCCCGAGGGCUUUGACACGGAAGUCGGCAGCAAGGGCGGUCAGCUCAGCGGAGGCCAGAAGCAGCGCAUGGCCAUCGCGCGCGCGCUCGUGCGUAACCCCAAGGUGCUGCUCCUCGACGAGGCGACCGCCGCGCUCGACAGCAACUCUGAGCGCGUGGUCCAGGCGGCGCUGGAUAACGCGUCCCUCGGACGCACGGUCGUCGCCAUCGCCCACCGCCUCAGCACGAUCCAAAACGCCGACAUGAUCUACUUCAUCAACGAGGGGACGGUCGUCGAGCGCGGCACGCACGCCGAGCUGCUCGCCCUCAAGGGAGCGUACUACGAGCUGGUGCAGAUGCAGAACCUCAGCCGUGUAGACUAG